AUGUUUGCCUCCAAUCUGUCUCUGUUUCACUCUCUCUUCCAGAAUUCCAAUUCUGCACUUGCUACCUUUCGCCAACUUUUACAAGCCAAUGCCAACCCCAAUGCUUUUACAUUUUCAUUACUCAUCAAAGCUUUCGUUCAUGCUUCAUCAACCGCAGCGUUACAAGCACGCCAGAUUCAGACCCAAUCGUUCAAACGUGGCAUUAAUCAAUUCAUUCAUGUAAAUACCUCUCUUAUUGAUUUGUACAUGAAACUCGGUUUUGCUUCUCAUGCACGCCACCUGUUUGAUGAUAUGUCUUUUAAAGACGUUGUUUCAUGGAACGUGUUGAUUUGUGGUUAUUCUCAAAAUGGGUUUGUUUAUGAUGCUAUGAGAACCUUUGUUGACAUGUUAAGAGAGAGUUUUAGACCGAAUCAAACUUCGGUUGUUAGUUUGUUACCUUCUUGUGGUUGUUUUGAGAUGAUUCUUCAAGGUAGGUCUGUUCAUGGGUUUGGAAUUAAAGCUGGUCUUGGUUGGGAUUCUCAUUUGAAUAAUGCGCUUAUGUCGAUGUAUGCUAAAUGUGAUGAUUUGAAAGCAUCGGAACUCGUGUUUGAAGAAAUGGAUGAGAAGAAUGUUGUUUCUUGGAAUACGAUGAUUGGUGCGUAUGGACAAAAUGGUUUUUUUGAUAAGGCUGUUAUUUGUUUUAAAGAGAUGGUUAAGGAAGGUUUUCAACCAAGUUCGGUGACGAUGAUGAACCUUGUGUCGGCAAAUGCUCUUCCGGAAAAUGUUCAUUGUUAUGUUGUGAAAUGUGGCUUUGACAAUGAUGCUUCUGUUGUUACUUCGCUGGUUUGUCUAUAUGCAAAGCAAGGGCUUACAUAUAUGGCAAAACUGCUUUACAAAUCCUAUCCCACGAAAAACUUGAUUGCGUUAACCGCGAUAAUCUCUAGCUAUUCUGAAAAAUGUGAUAUAGAGUCCGCGGUUGAGUGUUUUAUUCAAACUAUGAAGUUAGAUAUAAAACCGGAUGCAGUUGCCUUGCUUGGUGUACUUCAUGGAAUUACAUGUCCUUCACAUUUUUCUAUUGGAUGUGCUUUCCAUGGUUAUGGGGUGAAGAGCGGGUUGUCUAAUGAUUGUUUAGUUGCCAAUGGGCUAAUAAGUUUGUAUUCUAGAUUUGACGAGAUAGAAACGGCUUUGUCUUUGUUUUAUGAUAUGAGAGAAAAACCACUGAUCACAUGGAAUUCUAUGAUAUCUGGCUGUGUGCAGGCUGGAAAGUCAAGUGAUGCCAUGGAGUUGUUCUCCAAAAUGAACAUGCAUGGACAAAAACCAGAUGACAUUACAAUUGCCAGUCUACUAUCUGGGUGUUGCCAGCUUGGUUACUUACGGAUUGGAGAGACACUACAUAGUUAUAUUCUGAGGAACAAUAUGAGAGGGGAAGAUUUUACAGGAACUGCUCUAAUAGACAUGUAUAGCAAGUGUGGGAGAUUAGAUUAUUCUGAAAAGGUAUUUUAUAGCAUCAAAGAUCCAUGUUUGGCAACAUGGAACUCCAUCAUAUCAGGUUAUAGUUUAUAUGGACUUGAGCAUAAAGCUUUCAAUUGUUAUUCUAAACUGCAAGAUCAAGGGCUAAAACCAGAUAAAAUCACUUUCUUGGGUGUUUUGGCAGCAUGCACACAUGGAGGACUUGUCUAUUUAGGAUUAGAGUACUUCACUAUCAUGACAGAAGAGUAUGGUUUGAUACCGAGUCUACAACAUUAUGCAUGCGUAGUUGCUCUUUUAGGUAGAGAAGGCUUGUUCAAGGAAGCAAUUGAAUUUAUAAACAACAUGGAGAUUCAGCCUGAUUCUGCUGUCUGGGGUGCUCUCUUAAGUGCUUGUUGCAUCCAACAAGAGGUGAAGCUUGGGGAGUGCUUGGCAAAAAAUAUGUUUUUAUUGAAUUACAAAAAUGGUGGACUUUAUGUAUUAAUGUCAAAUCUGUAUGCCAUUGUUGGGAGAUGGGAUGAUGUAGCAAGGGUGAGGGAAAUGAUGAGAGACAGUGGCGGAGAUGGAUGUUCAGGUGUUAGUGUUAUUAAUGUGACUUCUGUUAAAGACUCUAAUAGCAUCUUAAGCCCAAGUGAUGUCUAUUUGAAUACAAGCACUUGGCAGCAUUUGUGUUUAUAUUGA